GUGCGGAACCUGCGGCGGCCGCUGGCCGUUGGCGCGGCUUGGGCGGUUGUCUUGGAGAAGCAAGAUGGCGGCGGCGGCGGCCGCGGUGGUGCCGGAGGAGGACACGGAGCUGCGAGACCUGCUGGUGCAGACUCUGGAGAACAGCGGGGUCCUGAACCGCAUCAAGGCUGAACUCCGAGCAGCUGUGUUUUUAGCACUAGAAGAGCAAGAAAAAGUAGAGAACAAAACUCCUCUAGUCAAUGAGAGCCUGAGAAAGUUUUUAAAUACGAAAGAUGGCCGGCUGGUGGCUAGUCUUGUUGCAGAGUUUCUCCAGUUUUUCAAUCUUGACUUCACUUUGGCCGUUUUUCAGCCUGAAACCAGCACAUUUCAAGGUCUUGAAGGUCGAGAGAAUUUAGCCCGAGAUCUAGGUAUUAUUGAAGCAGAAGGUACUGUGGGUGGACCUUUAUUAUUAGAAGUGAUCAGACGUUGUCAACAGAAAGAAAAAGGGCCAACCAAUGGGGAGGGUGCACUAGAUCUAUCUGAUGUACAUUCUCCACCAAAGUCACCAGAAGGCAAAGCAAGUGCUCACAGCAGUCCCAGUAAGAUACCGAGGUAUAAAGGACAAGGUAAGAAGAAGACAAGCGGGCGGAAGCCUGGCGCCAAGAAGGCCAGUAAUGAUGCUAGUCAGAGUGACACGAGUGUCUCCUCGUCAGAACCAAAGAGCAAAAGCGGUCUCCAUUUGCUGGCCCACGAAACAAAAAUUGGAUCUUUCUUAAGUAACAAAAGUCUAGAUGUCAAAGACAAAGCUGGUCUUUGUCCAGAUGAAGAUGAUAUGGAAGGGGAUUCUUUCUUUGAUGAUCCCAUUCCUAAACCAGAAAAAACUUACGGUUGGAGAAGUGAACCUGGUAAGCAAGCAGGAAGCCUUGCAUCACUCUCUGACGCGCCCCCCUUGAAAAGUGGACUCAGCUCCCUUACCGGAGCCCCCUCAUUGAAAGACUCUGAAAGUAAAAGAGGAAACACAGUUUUGAAAGAUCUGAAACUGGUCAAUGAUAAAAUUGGAUCACUUGGAUUAGGGACUGGAGAAGAAGAUGACUACAUUGAUGAUUUUAAUAGUACCAGCCAUCGCUCAGAGAAAAGUGAGCUGAGUAUUGGUGAAGAGAUCGAAGAAGAUCUUUCUGUGGACAUCGAUGACCUCAAUACCAGUGAUAAACUUGAUGACCUGACACAGGACCUGACUGUGUCCCAGCUCAGUGAUGUUGCGGAUUAUCUGGAAGAUGUUGCAUAGAUGUGAAAGAAGGAAGUCUUCUAAUCAACAAAGGACAAAGGACUCUGAUCAGUUCCAUUUUUUUUUUUUCCAAUCUUUCUUUGCUGGAAUGUCUGCUCCCUGUUGGUGCCUUGUGUUUCAAAAAGACUGCAGAUAUUUUUUAAAAAAUUUAAGUUUUCAUUAUACUAAACAAAAGCUUCCUACUUGAGCCCAUGUGUGGAAGAUACAAUAUUCUUAAUUUAGUUUGGCUACACAUUUCUCUGUGGAAGUUGAUUAUCUACAACUCAAAUUCAUUACAAGGAGUGAACCCAUGAAAAUAUGCGUAUUAAGAGCUAACUGAAAGGUGUCAAUAAAGCUGUAGGUUCACACAGCUCUGUGUGUGUGUGUGGCUUUAGCCAUCCAGACUCCAAGCGCAUUUAUUAGGCGGUUGUGCAGAGAGUUGGCAAAGUGGCCUGAAGCUUAUCACCGAAAGAUUUGAUAUGUCAGCUUUAUUUUGUAUUUCCUUCCAUGUGGAAGGGUUGUUAGGCCAGUAAGCUUUUAUUAAAUACUCCUGUGUGUGCUAGUAUUGCUUGUUUUGAGGAAAUCUGGAGGUCGUUUUGACUUCUAAUCCACGAAUUGUCGCUGCCCGCAACCGUUGCCUCCCGUCCUUAGGAGAAGCUGUUGGUCACAGGCUCUCGUCUUUAUUGUUGUAAUUUAUUGUGUGUAAAGAUGCCUGGAAACAUACUUGAUACCAGAAUGCAUCUGAAGCCACCAAGCAGUGCUUUUAUUUCCAGUCUGUAAAUUGAUUGUAUUAAAAUCCAAAUUGGACUGUCACAGUAGUAGUGGCCUCAGACCACACGCGGAGUGCUGGGCUUUGUGCGCUGUCCGUAUUUCCUUGCGUCCCGUCCGGAUGGAGCCGGUGCUGGGCCUCGGGCAGCCUCGCUCCCUCUGCCCGCGCUGUGCUGCUGUCCCGGGGCGGGGGCGGGGGGUCGCUGGCCUGCACUGCUGGGGGUGCCGCGUGUGUGUUCCCAGGACUGUAAGUGAAGCUGUGAGCGUGUGCUACAUUUUGUACUUUUUUAUUUGAAUUAAAUUAUGUUUUUUUAUUAAAAGUCACCUUUAUUAAUAAAGAGUAAGCUAGACCUACUUGACUGAUUGAGUAAGUGAGCGGACUUCGUCACUCCCGUAGUGCCAGUUUUUCAUAUCUGCCUCAGUGUUACAGAAGUCUUUGCCGGGCCCUCGUAUGUGAAGGCAGCCAUAACGAAAGGGUUGCGAUUAUAUAACAUGGCAGUGUGAUUGUGUAACAUCUGUGAACCUGAGCCACGAACACCCAGAGGAAGUCAGACUGAAAGUGGGCCAGCGCGACCUGGGAGCCGCUCUGUGGGCCUGCCCUCGCUUUGUGGGCUCUGACCUCAGUCCUGGUGGCGUGCCGUGUCCUGUGUGAGUACACAGCGCUGUGUGGAGAUGUAAUCUGUUGCUAAAAGUCCCCCAGUGUGCUUGUAAAAUGCAUUUCCCUAGAUGUCCUCUCUGUAAACAGUCGCUUUCUAUAAAGCGUUGCGUUCUGCUCUGGGUCUCUGGAAUCUGUGUCAACUGUGUGACUUAUUUUUUAUAUUAUCUGAAAGGAGCUAGAUUUCAGUGAAAUGAUUGGAAAGGAGAGCAGGAGGUGGCUUUUUAAAUUUAUGGAAAACUUUGAACAGCAGCAUCUGAAAUUUGUCAUUUUUGUGUUACCCAGAGAAUCUGACCUUUUGAGGACAUCUGGGAGGAUGGGCAGGAAGGGCCAAACAUGGAGCCGCCUCCAUCACCGGCCAUGUACCUAGUGAGGAGAAGUUCCAUUUCCACAUGUGUAUCUCAGCUAGGUUUUGAGUGUGUGACUAGUAUUUUCUUUUUGUUCGGAAAUAGAUUUUGACAUACUCAUCCACGAAACACAUUUUCAUGGUAAAACCUGAAUUUUACAGUGGAAUUUUUCAAGUGUGAGGUGUCAUUUUAUUGAUGAUAACUCAAAGGGAAUAAAAAGCUUUUACUCUC